AUGGUCCUUGCGGACAAAGGCUGGACCGACUUGCCAACGUAUUGGAAUCUCUUAUCUGGAUUCAGCUCGCGAGGCUGGCAGAGAUACGGAAGCUCUUUCCUUUUCAUUGGAAUAUUCGCAAUCCUUCUCGGCCCUAUCGUAAACGGCCUACAGCGACUCUUCGUGACAGACACAAUUACCAAGAUCUCUGGGAAUCCUGGAACUGUUCCCAACUUGUUUGGUAUGCCAGACCCUUGGAGGAAAUGCGCUAAGUCUACGCCUCUAGGUUUGACUGUCCUUCAGACCCGCAGCGCGCUAGGAUUUCUAAGUGAAGGGCAAAAGCCGGCUCAGCUAUGGCACCGUGGUAAUUCAACCUGUCCUAAUGCAUCUCUGUCUGUCUAUCAGCCGGAGGACUGCGCCGGUCCUACACUUGGGAACAUACUCUCUUUGGAUGAUCCAUUUUUGGCGCAAAUAGGUCGCCACUAUAAUACCGGGAGAGUCCAAAGUUUUAUACCUCGCAUCAAUUCGACCGCACAGUUUCAAGAUAUUUCAAGCUCCGAUUUCUCACAGAAGUGUGAUUCAAUACCGGGAGCUUUCGUUGCCGAAUACCAAGAUAGCAUGUAUCAGAACUGGGGACUGAAGGCUUGCAUACCUGCCAACAUCUCGCAAUCUCCAUGGAACCUUACAAGGAAACGCCAGGACUUUGAAGAAGAGCUUUUUCUUAACAUCACAGCGAAAAAUGACGCCUUGGUUAUAACUACUACUUUUUACAACGUCACACUGCGCACCACAGCGGGGUACUUCGAACUGCCUAACAAUAUGAAUGAUGGCCGCGCUGGUCGAUUGCUUGAGAACGACCCAUUUGAUAUGGAGGACUGCGGUCUAGACUGUUCAGGACCACACGCCAUCGAUACCGCCAAUCCAGAAAUUAUUGAAAGGAACAAAGGCCCACUAGCGAUAAUUGCCAUCGCUCCUUUCGGAGAAGGAUCAUUUAUAGCUACCCGUUUGGCCAAUCCAUCUGCCUUCAAGAGCAAUGGUACUGCUUCCGGGCUCCUUACUACUGUGUCAAAUCAUAUUAUAGUUCGGAUACCGGGGUAUCUGAUGAAAUUCGGCGGUAUUUGCUAA